AAUGCUCAGGUAUGUAUCGCCACCCUGUGGCUACUUUGUGAAGUUAUGCCUUCAUGUAGCGAUUGCCGCAUCCUAAUGACCCGAUAUUCCACAUGAACACAUGCACAUGGCCCAUAAAGAGAAAAACCCUAUGCGCAUUUGAAGUCAGCAUUAAAUGAACGUAUUGCUAUAUGUCGAAACGCUAAGUGUAACCUAUAGACUUUCCAUGUAUGAUAAUAAAUAACGUUAACGUCAAUAUCAACGGUUUUCAUCAAAUCCAGUCUACGUCGUGUGCGCUUUUAAUCUAUCCUGAUUACUCCAGCUGCUCUAAUUCGUAUUCAGUUUCUGUUCGCGUGCCGUGAAUACCUGGUGUCAAUGUAACCUACUCUAGUUAGAGGAACAUUCGAAAGCAAUUGCCAUUGUAACGUUAUUCAUUUUCUCUCACUGGAACUGGUACAACGAUAAUGCUUUGUUAUGCAUUUUGGAUUUGCCUAAUUUCCAUAUUUAGAUAGGGUGGUUUUAAAGACAACAGAGAGUGUAACAUAUGAAAUAAGACCGACGCAUAGAGGAUGUGCCCCAGAAACCAGGUCGAUGAAAUAUUGGCACUACCAUGAGAGGAAGCGGUAUGGACCUUUUAUGGAGAAUCUUAGCGGCUCUGAGCUUCGAUUGUUUUAAAGGUUCGGCGUCUUCACAGAGGUCUCCAGGCAAGCUGAGCUCCAGCCAGGCAGGUAGUCUGGAAAGCAGCUCCCUGACUGGCUCGCUCUCCCUGGGGCCAGACCUGCCUCACUGCCAGUGCUGCAUCUCCUACGAAGCCCGCCUGAAACGCCUUUCCUGCGGCCAUCUCUACUGUGACCCUUGCACAGACCAGAUCGUCAACCUGGCCUUCGAGGACAUCGAGGGCCUCUCUGAUUACCCCUGCCCCAUGUGCAAGUCCCUCCGCAAGCUAGGGGACCUGGGCCCCCCCUCUUAUGGGUACCUGGGGACCCCCUCCUUUGGGCCAUGUGGGACCCUGAAGCAACAGAUGGCUAAAGAGCAUGGGAGCAGGUGGGGGUAAAACUGAGGCAGUUUAUACUGUACAUCAAGGGGUGUGGGUAAAAAAAAUGUUUUGUCCCCUCUCCAGAUUAAAUACCGUAGGAACCAUUUUGUCUUUUCAGUUAUGUCUUUAGUGUUUUGAUUUGAAUAUUUUAAUGCACUGCCUUACACUGAGAUUGUGAUCUGGUAACGUGGUGGGAAGUGGCUCUGUCUUUCUUAUUUGUGUAAUAUGGUGGUGGAAGUGAAACUAAUGGAAGUGCAUAACAUUACAGAUAAAGUCCAUUUGUGUGCCAUAACAUGAGGGGUUUAUUGCAGGGUGAUUAAGCCAGAUCAAAGAUAAACAUUAGAUGUUUGUGUCAGAAAGUUCUUUAUAUUUAUGUGUACUGAUUAUUAUUACUAGACAUUUGCACCUUAUUUUAUAUUUUGAGUGUACUUACACCGUAUGCAUUUUAAUUUAACUGAAUUGUACAGUGCCAUACUAGUUUUAAAGUGUUCAAUAUCAUAUCGUAAAUAUUUAUUUUGCGAAUAAAUAAAGUUUGUGAAUUGUAU